AUGAACCUGCUCCACUCGGGCUUUGGAGGGACCCAUUCCAUAGAUCAAGCUUUCACUGACGUAACUUGCUUGCUUAUUGACCCCAAUAAGCCUAACUGGUCCAACGAGGUGCACUCCACUUGUCUCAAUUCGGCAAACAUGAUACCCGAUGGUGCUGUGAAUGGCGACUUGAUUAGCGGGGGCUGGGGCUGGUCAUUCGCACAAUGCUCGUAG